UCCUGAGUCCUCCCUCCUCACUUCACCUGAGACCUCUCUACUGACACCAUGGGUUGCUGUGGCUGUGGUGGCUGCGGUGGUGGCCGUGGUGGUGGCUGUGGCUGUGGUGGUGGCUGCAGUGGCUGUGGUGGUGGCUGCGGUGGCUGUGGUGGUGGCUGCGGUGGCUGUGGUGGCUGUGGUGGCUGUGGCAGCUGCACCACCUGCAGGUGCUACCGGGUGGGCUGCUGCUCCAGCUGCUGCCCCUGCUGCCGCGGCUGCUGUGGGGGCUGCUGCAGCACACCUGUGAUCUGCUGCUGCCGCCGCACCUGCAGCUCGUGUGGCUGUGGCUGUGGGAAGGGCUGUGGCAAGGGCUGUUGCCAGCAGAAGUGCUGCUGCCAGAAGCAAUGCUGCUGCUAGAAGGCCGGCCUGACUCUGCUUCUAGAUUGAAGUGCUGGGUCCUUUCUCCAGGUAAUGAGACUUUCCCCCAUACCCCUGUCUGCUUCUCUCUCAGACCUCCCUAUUUGGUAUCACCUGGGUGUCCAGGGACUUGCUCUUUUGGAUUCUAUAACCCCCUCUUUGAACCCAGUGGUUUAAAAUAUUUUUAUUAAAAAAAUCCAUAUAGAAAAUGGCCAUUAUCAAAAUACAACCCCAGACUCAUCCUUAAGGAUCAGUCCAUUUGGCUCGCUGAGCCAGCCAAGAGGGUGAUGAUACCAAGCAUUCUGUUUCCUGGGUAUUCACAUGGCUUCCAUCUUUGUGUUUCUACUUGUCUGCACCUGUGUGGGUACCAUUUCCCAUCUUUUCUAUGAGUUUUGUUUCCAGUCCCCACACAGCUACUGUUUAUUUCCCUAAUAAAACAAUGUCAA